AUGUCGGUUCCAUUACCCAACCCAUCGAAACGUGCUUCUCGACCAGGUCCAGGGCAGAGACCAUCCGUUGAUCAGCAGACAAAAAGGUCCAAGCGUGUUCCAGAUGCGGGGUUGAGUUCAAAUCCUUCAGAUGCGUUCAUUCUAGUCAUUCCUACUGAUGGUGAGAUAUGGAGACCCCGGUUUCAGAAGUUAGACAGGAAGCGUCUUAUGACAAAUGAAGGACUCUUGCAUGAUCCCGAGGCAUGCGACACCGUUUUGGGUGGCCUCUUUCACCCACAAGACAUUAAAGAACUGACGGACUUGGAUGAUCGUGACAUUGCGCUCCAACAAGGUCACAACUUAAUCUCGAUGGCCGAACUUCGCUUGGCCCGUGAGGCUGCAUCAGUGAAAGAGAAGGGUGAGAUUUCCCGUCUUUCUGACAAAAUCGACGUCCUCAGCCUUGAAUGCAAGAACACUUUACUGGAAAUGGAUCAGUUGAAGAAUGAUGUGGGACGUGUUGGAAAGGAGAAGAAGGAUCAGUACGAUGCAUGUUGCGCUCAAAUUUUCAAGGAGUCCGCCAAACAAUUUCGACUACAAGUUCAUAUUCGGGAUGAUCCCUACAGACAUUCCUACUUCUGGCUCUGCAAAGCACCAUGCGCCUCCCGACUCUGGUGA